AUGUACAAGUCAUCAGGAACACUACUUACAAGAUAUGUCACCAUCGCCGCCCGGAUAGCCCUCAGCGAAGAACUCAUGGGCAAAAAAGCUGCAAUCAGCAUGGUCGCUGCGUUACACUGGAUGCCGUACAUUGUAGUACAAUGCAGUACUAAGGUUGUUACGCAACCCGAAGGGCGGGAAAACACCUUGGGGUACACGGGGCCGAAUGUUAGCGAAGCAGCCUCUACCCACAGAAGCCCCUCAAUGAGCGUGCCGGUGGGCCACUCGCCAUACGGCUCGGGUGCGAUAAACACAUCUCUGAAUCGAGCAAGACCCCACCGCCCGUUGAAAGGGUUGAAAACGACCAUGCUCUUCUCGACCUCGUCCGCAGACAAGCUAAAGUUCAGUACAUGCCUUGAUUCUGGUCGGGCGCUCCAACACCUCCUUCAAGAGCCGCUAAGACCGCACACUGCACCAGCCGGCUGGGGCCCUGGCGACUUGGGAGAGGCUGUGGGUGAACUGGCGGUCGAUUACGCCCGGACUCACGUGUACGACAGUUGGGCGGUGUGA